AUGGGAACUGUAGAGGAUAGCAAGGAGGCAUUCCCUCCAUCGCCGCUGGAGGUGGGCGAGAAGGGAAAGCAUGAUGUAUCUGACUCCGGCAAUGCAGGUCAGGACCACUCGCCGGCUCUCCUGGGAGAGAAAAGUCCUGGUGUUGCACGGGUCGAGGUGAUUUCUCGCUACUUCACGCUUCCAGACAAGGUCCUGUUCUUUUUUGGUAUAUUCCUUCUCGCCUACGCUUAUGGAUUGGAUGGGACUAUUCGAUAUACUUACCAGCCCUAUGCUGUUGCGUCAUAUGCCCAACACAGCUUGCUAGCGACAGUUAAUGUUCUGCGAGGCGUCAUUGGUGCUGCUGCUCAGCCAACAAUCGCAAAGAUUGCUGAUGUGUUUGGUCGCGCGGAGGUUAUCAGUAUUACUAUUGUAUUCUAUAUCAUUGGCACGAUUAUCGAAGCUUGCGCAACCAACGUGCAAUCAUUCUGUGCCGGUGCCAUCCUUUAUCAGAUCGGCUACACAGGUAUCAUGUUGCUGGUCGAGGUCCUGAUUGCUGAUACGACAUCGCUUCGGUCCCGCUUAAUCUUCUCCUACGUUCCUGCAUUACCAUUCCUCAUCAAUACCUGGGUGAGUGGGAAUGUCACAAAUGCUGUGCUGGGCGUCACAACAUGGAAAUGGGUGUGCUGUUUGCCGUUGAUCGCAUCUCUCUUUAUCGUCCACAGAAGAGCAAAAGUAGAUGGCGCGCUUGCUGGGUACAAAAGUUCGUAUCAGCUUCUGGGCGCGCGCCGGCUCUCGAUAGCCCUCUUCUGGCAGCUGGAUGUAAUAGGCGUCAUCCUUUUGAUUGCCGUUUUCGCCCUUAUUCUCGUUCCUUUUACUCUUGCCGGGGGAGUCCAGACUCAAUGGCAGAAGGCCAAGGUUAUCGCGCCGCUCGUCAUUGGGAUCUGUUGCAUUCCCGUCUUCGUUUUCUGGGAGAGAUCUUGCAAGCAUCCCAUGGUUCCAUUUAGACUUCUUAAAGACCGUGCCGUCUGGGCUGCCCUUGGUAUUGCGGUGAUGCUUAACACUGCGUGGUAUCUCCAGGGAGACUUCCUCUAUACGGUGUUGAUUGUUGCUUUCGACGAGUCCAUCAAAAGCGCCACUCGCAUCACCUCCCUGUACAGCUUUUCGUCUGUCAUUACGGGCUGCAUCGCCGGUCUCGUUGUCUUGAAGAUUCGCCGGCUUAAGGUCAUGAUCAUCUGCGGAACCCUUCUGUUCAUGGUUGCGUUCGGUAUUCUCAUUCACUUCCGUGGGGGAUCAGGCGGCUCCAGCCACUCUGGGGUCAUCGGUGCCCAGGUCUUGCUCGGUAUUGCUGGUGGAUUAUUCCCUUACCCCGCACAAGCAAGUAUCCAAGCUGCAACGAAACAUGAACACGUGGCCGUCAUCACCGGCUUGUACCUCGCAAGCUACAACAUCGGCAGCGCCCUCGGGAACGCCAUCUCGGGUGCGAUCUGGAACCAAGUGCUCCCGGGCGCUAUCCAGGAUCGAGUCGGGGACGCAAUUGACGCGGGCACAAUAUAUGGCAACCCAUUUGGGUUUGCCACGGCUCACCCGGUCGGCACGCCGGUGCGCGAUGGUGUCAUUGAUGCCUACCGCCACGUCCAGCGACUGCUGUGCAUCACUGGUAUCUGUCUCACUGUGUUGUUGGUUGUCUUUGCUCUUCUGAUCCGUGACCCUGUUCUGGGCAAGUCGCAGAGUCUUGAGGAUGCGGAGAAGGAGUCAGUUUCAUCUUCUGAGGAGGAGCGCUGA